CGGUGGCACUGCUGUUGCUUGUGGGAGCAUUGAUCGUCAUUCGACGCUGAAGAGGCCGCCGACAAACGGUGAGAUUCUCCGGGGAUGCCAUGACGAGAUCGCUAAAAGCCACGGAGAUGACGUCAUCAGGGACCGGGGACAGCUAUGGUAGCGCAGCGGGAGGGCAGCCGGGGUUGCUGGUGAGGCCGUCGUCCGUUUUGAAGCAGUACUCCUGGGAAGAGCUCGCCAAAGCGUGCGACGGCUUCAGCCCGUCGCGGCUUGUCGGCAAAGGCGGAGCAGCGGAGGUCUACAGGGGGGAGAUUGCGGGCGGGCAGAAGGUAGCCAUCAAAAUGAUGAAAGGCGCCGAGUUCUCGGAGACCAGGUUCCGCCAGUUCCAAGCGGAGCUGGAUGUGCUUGCCACGCUCCGUCACAUGCACCUCUGCAGCAUCAUCGGGUACGCCGCUCACCAGUCCAGGUCGUUCAUCGUCUACCCCUUUGUGGAGGGCGGUACCCUCUAUGAUUGUCUGCAUGGGGCACCGCCCGAACCCAACCCGGGGGAUGGGGACGCGAGGCCGGAGCGUGGGCCCUUGAGCUGGAAGGCGCGCCUCUCCAUCGCGCGGCAGGUUGCCAAGGCCCUGCGGCACCUGCACGAGGAGGUGGACCCCCCCGUCAUCCACAGAGAUGUCAAGAGCAAAAAUGUGGUGCUUGAAUAUGGUGGCCAUGGAGAUUCCGCGAAGAUACGGGCAUACCUCUCGGACUUCGGGCUGGCAAAGCUCGGGCAGAGCGCUUUCAGCAGCAGCACCCCGCCGCUGCUCGCAGGUGCACAGCAGCCCCCUGGGAACAUGACCAACAUUGACCUUGUGACCUUCGACACUCCAGAGCACACAGUGACAUGGUCCGGGGACACAAUCCACACGCUCAAUGUUGCGGGCACAUGGGGCUACAUGGCGCCAGAGUACAUGAGAUCUUGCUGGCUGACCUACAAGAAUGAUGUGUACGCGUUUGGGGUGAUCUUGCUGGAGCUCGUCACCAGGAGGAAGGCGUUUGGACGGAUGGAUGUUUUGCCCGAGCAACAGCAAGACGCCAGGAAUGGGGCAGAAGGAAUACCGCAGACUCUGACAUACUGGGCAAAGAGAACCCUUCGGGGCCUGGAGUGUCUCUCGUCCUCUGACGAAGAAGAGGGUAGCAGAACAUACAGAGGGACAGGAGUGGCGCCUACUGUGCGUUCGAGGAGGAAGAGGCCGUAUUCCAUGAAGAUUAAUGGAGUGCAAGAGCUUGCAGACCCUCAGCUAGAAAGCCUCUGCAUGGCCCGUACUAGGACAUCCUUGAGAUCGAAGGCCAGCACGAAAAGGGUGUAUUCCACGAAGAUGAACGGAGUGCAAGAGCUUGCAGACCCUCAGCUGGAAAGCAUCGGGCCGCCAUGCUGAAGUUGGCAAUGGAGUGCGUGAGCACGAACCCCAAACGGAGACCUAAUAUGGGGGAGGUCCUGGAGAGGUUAGACCGAGC